UGUCAAUUGUGUCAGGUACGGCAUGCUCGAAUAUUGUUUAAUUCAAUUGCUAUUAUUUUCUAUAUUUCCAUCAGUAAACAACAAAACAAUCUACCGAAAUGGGAAAAAGGAAAAGCCAAAAUCAUGAAAAGAAGAAUAAAGUUAAUUUGGUAUUCGAUGAAAACAAACGAAAAGAAUUCCUUUGUGGCUUCCGAAAACGUAAACUUGAAAGAAAGAAGAAAGCACAGGACGAACUCCAACAACUUUUGAAAGAAGAAAAAAGAAGAAUCAAGCAGGAGAAUAAAGAAUCAUAUAAGAAAUUAGUAUUGUCAAGUCGUCCAAUACCAGAUAUAGAGCAAUUACUACAAGAUGAAUAUGAAGAUGAGGAUGUAAAUGUUAAGAUAGUUGAGCUGUCUUCUGAUACCCUACAAAAGAAUGACUUAGUUAUUGGUGAUAAUAAACCAAAAAUAGCUAAAGAAAAUAAAGAAGUCAAUAAAAAGAAAAGUAACAAUACAAUACAAGAAAUAGAUGGAAUGAAUUCAGAUGAAGGUAGUGAACCAGAAGAAUCAGGUACAGAAGAAAAUCAAGAUGAGACAUUAAAAACAAAGAAAGAAGUCAAAAGAUUACUGAAGAAACAAGCUACAAAGAAAAUACAGAAGAGUAAAGUUUUCCAAAUGAAAGGUAAAUUAGAUAGAAUCAAGAAUAAGAAGAAAUCUCAACAGAAAAAACACCAUAUGAAAGGAAAAAAUGACCCAAAAAAAUCUAAAAAACAGUUAGGUAGAAGAAAACAUUAAAGAUCAAUUUUAAAAGUAA